GCAGCCGCGCGCGGCAUUAAUGGCGAACAAAGCUUCUUCAAGGUUCCUCUCUCUCUGGCUUGGCAUUAACGAAGAAUAAGAACGAACGCUUCUUCUCUUUCUGCGAUUUUCUUCAUCUUUGAAGCUUUGAUGGUGAGGGAUUUAGUGAUCACCUCUGCGGUUGGAGGAUUCGAAUGGUGGAAUCAAAUUGAUGAGUCGGAGGAUUGGCAGAAGGGGAUUUACUACGCUUUGUCUGCUUCUUAUGGCCUCAUCUCGAUCAUUGCCUUAGUUCAACUUAUUCGGAUUCAAGUACGAGUGCCAGAAUUCGAGUGGACAACACAAAAGGGGUUCCAUUUGAUGAAUUUCGUUGUAAAUGGAUUGAGGGCUAUUCUCUUUGGGCUUUAUAAGAGUGUUUUCCUCAUCAGACCGAAGGCUCUUGAAAUGGUGGUUAUGGAGGUUCCUGGACUUCUAUUUUUUUCAACGUACACACUACUUGUUCUAUUUUGGGCAGAGAUCUACUAUCAGGCGCGAAGUCUUCCGAUUGAUAAACUUAAACCUACUUACUGUAUCAUCAAUGGAGUUAUAUAUCUUAUACAGAUCUGCAUUUGGAUAUUUGUGAUGUUAAACAAAUCUCCUGGUGCAGUUAUUGGUGCUAAGCUUUUCUUUUCAGUGGUUUCAUUGUCUGCUGCACUGGGUUUCCUGAUAUAUGGUGGGAGGUUAUUUGUCAUGCUGAGGCAAUUCCCAAUUGAAUCUAGAGGACGCCAAAAAAAGUUGUAUGAGGUUGGUUGUGUGACAACAAUUUGUUUUAUCUGUUUCUUUAUACGGUGUUUUGUGCUUGCCUUCUCUGCAUUUGACAAGGAUGCAGAUCUUGACGUCCUAGAUCAUCCCAUUCUCAACCUGAUAUACUACAUGUUGGUAGAGGUUGUUCCUUCAGCAUUAGUUCUGUUUAUACUGAGGAAACUUCCUCCGAGGCGUAUGUCUGAUCGGUAUCACCCCAUUGAAUGAAGCUCUAAACAGUUUUAUGUCAGCAGAGGUUUCCACUCUAAUUGUGUAUUUUACUAUGUGUAGAUGACGUUUGUUGUACAGGAUUUCGAUUACAGAUUUCUGUUAUCAUCUGUUUGGCUAGAUAUACUAGUAUCCCUUCUAAUUUCAUCCAAAAGUAGUUCUUUCAGCCAAAAACAAAACAUGCCCAAAAGAUUACAUAUGUCAACGUGCAUGCUGCUGCAGUCGGUGGAGUUUGUUCCAUCGGCAUUGGCUAUACCGAUAAAACUUCCUCCAAGGCGUGUAUCUGAUCAGUAUCAGUCCAUCUAAUGAAAGCUCUCAACAAUUUCAGUUCAGCAGAUCUUACCAUUCUAACUGUGUAGUUACAGAUACAUCCCACUGAAUGAAGUUCUCUACAAUUUCUGGUCAGGAAAGCUUUCCAUUUUAAAUCUGUAUUUCAUUUUUGUAGAUGUUUGUUCUUCAUUGCAAAUUUCUGUUUUUCUCUGUCAGGCUGGAUUUACAAUAUACUAGCAUAUAUGCCCAAAAUUAUGCAUCUUUGUCAUAUACAGAACAUCCCAUUAUUUUGAAGAAGCUUUAUGAUUGCUUUUAUUGAA